UAGUCUGCUCUAUUGACGUCAUUGUAAACUAUAAUGGCGGACGCACCUGUGAGUUCGUCCGUUUCCACGAAAUUGUUGUGUCAACGAGCCAGAACUUACUGCUUCUUUAAUGCAGUUUUUAUAUGAUAACCACAAGGAAACAUUUUCUUUCGUUAAGUAAGUUGAUUGCUAAAAUAUCAUGUCUAAAGUUGCGACGGCCGCAACUGCUGUGGCAGUAAUGGAUGCUUCAAACGUGAAAUCUAAAGUUUCUGUCCAGAACACAUCAAAUAACAACCGUUUACUUGGCUUGGCGGCCGCUACCGGUUCCUCAUCGACCUCUUCGACAUCUACAUCGCGACCUCGACCAAUAGUGAGGUGGCGUGACAUGGAACAUCUGGUUGCUGGCAUCAGUGGUGGAGUACUUUCGACCCUAGUUUUACACCCUUUAGAUCUGGUCAAAAUAAGGUUUCAAGUCAAUGAAGGCACUGGUGUUACUGCCCGUCCAAAUUAUAACUCUUUCAUACAUGCUGUACGGUCAAUUGUGUGUUCCCAAGGAUUCACUGGACUUUAUCAAGGUGUUUCAGCAAACUGUUUAGGGGCUGGCAUGGCCUGGGGAAUAUACUUCUUUGUAUAUAACUAUGCCAAAACACAAAUGCAAGCUGGCGAUCAGAAAGUUUCUCUAGGUGCUAGUAGCCAUAUUUUAGCUGCUAGUCAAGCAGGUGUUUUAUCUUUACUAGUUGUCAAUCCUGUUUUUGUUGCGAAGACACGCCUAUGUUUACAGUAUGAGCAAACUUCAGAAAUUCAUAAAAAAACAUACUAUAGAGGAUUGAGUGAUGCCUUAGUGAAAAUAUUUAAGCAGGAAGGUUUUAAGGGUUUUUAUAAGGGUUUCAUACCAGGUGUCUUUGGGGUUUCGCAUGGUGUUAUUCAGUUUGUAACUUAUGAAGAAAUGAAAUCUCUAUAUAACAAGUAUCACGAGAGACCUAUACAUUACAGGCUGAGUUCACUGGAGUACAUAACUUUUGCUGCCAUAUCAAAAAUGAUUGCUGCUGCAGCAACAUAUCCAUACCAAGUUGUUCGAUCACGGCUUCAAGACCAACAUGCAUCCUAUGUGAGUUGUAGAGACGUCAUAGAAAAAACAUGGAGAAAUGAAGGAAGAAUACGAGGAUUGUACAAAGGAUUUCCAGUCUACAUGGUUCAUGUCACUCCCAACAUAUGCAUCGUUUUACUAGUUUACGAGUACAUCACUUCACUUCAUCAGGCGAACCAUUCAGUGAAAUCAGACCAAUGGAAAACUUGAAACGGUAACAAGGUCUGUGUUAAAAACAAACAAUAAAUAGAUUGAAAAAAAAAAAAAGAAAGAAAAAAAGGGAAAAAAUAAAGCAAAGAAAGAAAGCAAACAUUCACUGGUCCUUCAGAUGCUGCCCUUCUCAAAACAUUGAAAUUAACCUGUCUGAAAGGGCAUAGUUGACCUAUUUUAUUAACCUAGUUUUGACAAAUAUCAUUACUAAAAGUCAUUUAUGUCAUUUUCAUUAAUUUUGUCUUUCACAUUUAAUAUUUUGUUUCACAUUAUUAUUAUUAUUAUUAUUAUUAUUACUACUACUACUACUAAUCAUCAUUAUUUAUAUUAAUAAAAAAGAAAGAAUUGCAUGUAUUUCUUUUCUUUUUUUUUUUCGGUUAAAGCUCCUCUUCAUGCUCUUAAACCAAUGACCUUUUCAGAUGAAUCAUUAGAUGAACAUUUUUCGAUAUAUUCCUGAAGGGUGGGGGUGGGAUACAUAGCUAUCUCCAAUAGCUAAAUAUCAUUAAUUGUACUUUUAACUGCAACAUUUCCUCUAAAAGGUACUGCUAUCCCCCAAACACAAAGUUAAUAAUAUUAAUAAUAAUGAUUAUAGCGGUAAUAGCAAUAAUAACGGUGAUAAUGAUAGCAAUGAGAAUAUUAAUAACAAUGCUGAUGACUCUAUUAGGUAAAUUCCUUUAGUUUUAUUGAAAAAAUAAAUUGCUGAUAAUAAUAAUGAUAAUAAUAAUAAUAAUAUUUGCAAACUAUCACCUGAGCAUGAGGUUUUACUCUCUUUGCUUCUGCAUCUUUCAAGGUCUUGGCUGAUAUUUAUUUCUUCUCACACAGUAAGAUUUCUUGCUUAACUUUGUUUCUUUUUUUUUUAAUGUUCGUAAACUUUUAUCACAUCAGAAUAACCUCCUUUUCCAGUUCCUUCAUAUCGCAUUAAAAAAUCUUACUGAAAGUAAAAUAAAAUAUAGCAUGAUUUGAGCUGGAUGGAAUGGAAAGAAGUGUCAUUCAAAAAACAAAGAAAACCCACAUGAAUUUAAUUUCAUUAUUGUUAGAGUUCAUUUUAUUUAUGUAUAUUUAUCAUAGGAUAUAUUAUGAUUUUAGUAGUUGUCAAAUUUGAUAUCAUAACCAACUCAUUCAUUUCACUACCCCACUCACCUUGUAGUUAUAUUUUAUUUGUUUAAACUCAAUAUAUUUAUGACUAUUAGUUUCACCAAUAAUUCUUGCUUUUAAGCAAUAAUAAACCCGUGCCUUUAUAAGGUGUGUAGUUUCUGCUACGUAGUUGAAUAUCUAAUAUGUUAUAGACUUUGGUAAUCCUUUUCUUUUAACUGUUUCUUUUUAAAGAAUUUAUCAGUGUUUUGUUUCAAUGUAUCUGCGACUUUUCUUAGCCAUUCCACCAUAUUAUUACCCAUUAACAAUGACAAUACUGUAAGCUAUGAAACUGGUUUGUGGUUCACCGAAAUCUAUGUAGGGUUUUAUGAAGUAGUUGUACUUAUCAGAAAUGUAUAUUUUAAAAAAUUGAAGUGUUUGUGUAUGUUAGACUAUGUACAUGCAUUCUACUGAUGAUGUUUUAAUAAGGUUUCGAGUGGGCAAAAGCCAAGUUAUUGAAGGCUUGAUGUUCAGUAUAUUCAUUGAUCUCAGACUUUUGAGGGAAGAAAAUGAAAAUAUGACAUUGAUGAUUGUUUUAUGAAUAAAAAUGUGUUAUUUUCUGCCACUUGUGUGAAGUAGGAAUAAUAGCAAUUCUUUUAUAUAUGUGCAAUGCUUUAAAUUGUCAAGAAGGAGCAAAACUACUUCAUGCUUGGUGCCUCAGAGAGAAGACAGACAAUAAUAUUCUCACACACAACUGGUUGUUAAAGGGGAAAUGCUUUGUUAAUUACAUCAAGUACAAUAUAUUGAUGGUACUUGUUUAAUAAACCUUGGAAGGAUGACAAGCAAAGCUAGACUUUGCCGUGAUUUGAAGAUAUAAAAUGAAGUACUGUAAAACAUUGAAUCAAGCGCUAUAUUGUGCUAAUCAUUUACCUUUGUUAAUAUUGGAAUUUAGAAGUGAAUAUAUAGAUUUGUGGAGUUGGAAUCAGUAAAGCACAUGUCUUCUGUUCUCAGUUAAAAUCUUUUUACUGGUACUUGUUUACCAGUAAUACGCUAAUUAAUUAUGCUCUUUCUUUACCAAAAUUAACCUUGUUCCCAAUCAAAUAAACCUAUAAUAUAAUUACAAUGAGAACUGUAGAGUUAAUAAACAGGUUAGUUAAAAUUAAAGUGACUAGUGUGAUUACAAACAAGAAUUAGAUGUGAGAUAACUCCACUUAUUUACUAAUUUUCUAUGGGAAAAGUAUGAAUGUCAUAUAUUUCAUUCUCUCUUUAUAAAUCUGAGGCACCAUAAUGUCAUUAUUAAUAAUGACAAUAAUGUGAUUAUUUCUUUAUUUUUUAAUUAGCCCUGAAGAUAAUUGUUAUUGUCUGGGUUUUGAAAUCUUGACACUAAUAAUUUUGUUUUAACUUUUGAAUGGAAGUAGCUUUAUAAAAAUAUUCUUUUAAAAAUGUUCACAGGCCUGAUUAUGUGGUUAAGAAGUUUGUUCUGCAACCAUGUAGUACUAGGUUUUGCUACACUAGGUUUUCUGCCAUAGUCUUGGUUUGAUCUGUACCUUGUAAGUGGAAUUUGCUAGAUAUAAAUUGUGUUUAGAGCAUAUUGUGUGUGUGUGUGUUUAUAUAGCUUACCCAUAUUAUAUUGGUGAAGGAGUAAACAUCAGCAAAAACUGGUGCUAUUCAAAUGAAGUCUUUCCCACCCAGAUAAUAGAUGCUCUCCUCUUCCACUCUGUCUUCUCUCAUUGUCAGAAAUGUAAUGAAGCAGUCAUUAACCAUUGGAAACCAGUAACCAACAACAUCAUUAUUCACAAACAAACGAAUAAAAGUUACCAAGCAAUUGGUGAGUUAUUGGAAUUUAAAAAGAAAAUAAAAGCCAAAAAGAACUACAGACAGUUUUACUGGUUGGCACUAGAAAGAACCCUUUUAAAUGUAUAAAAGCAUGCAGGGUGUAGUGUUUAAGAUCAUAAUUUUAUUGAUAGCAACUUCAGUUUUGCUCAUUUUUUUUGUGUCUUGUUAGAAAUAAGGUGAGUUAGGAUUGAUGAACAUGUCAUUAUUUAAUUUGGGAAUGUUGCUUUACUUCAUACUUUGAACAAGCUACAAUUUGGGGAGCUUAUCCAUCCCGCUUCUUUGUCAGAUGGGGAUGACUUGACUCUGAUUUCCACUUGCUUAGUGUUUAAUAUAAUGUUUCUUUUCUCUUAUUUUUUGUUGUCAUAUUUUGCAUUUAAAGUGGGAUAUUGUUUGUAUUGUUUUUCAUCCUUUGACCUUCAGGAGUUUUUCAAUAUUUUAAAAUAUAUAUAAAUUUUCGGCAACAUUUUCUAAACAUUAAUGCAGAAAAGACUCACAGGUUACAUGUUGAUUAAACACCUUUAACUCAGUGCUUCUUUAUGGUAUUGUUUGUAGUUGGUUAGUUUGUUUAUAUAAAUGUUAGGGUUGAUAUUUUGCCAUCUAUGUCUUGUGUACUAAACCUUACAGAAAUUGUAUAUACAUAUCUCUCUCUCACACAUGCAUGUGUGUACACAUACACACGAAUAUAUCCAUUUUCAUAAAACAAGAAGCUCUGAGUAAUGUCAGUCUAAACAAAUUUUGCAUGUAUUGGAUGAGAUAUCUUCCAACUAUGUGUGUGUGUACCUGUAUCGUUUUCUGAAUAAAGGUAAUGUAUGUCUUAGGUGUAUAAGUGAAUCCAAAUAACAAAUCCAUUUGUGACAUAAAUCUUAUUUCUAUGAUGGCCAGCUGAAAAUGGGUACAUAUAUGUUGUAUGUACUGUAUUUCAAUUUUAUGGCUUUGAUUUUUUUUGAGACAGCUUGCUCUGUCUUUAGCACCAAGACUUUCUCUUGAUUGUGUAUGUGAAUAUAUGUAUGAUGCAUACAUACACACGCGUUUAGUUUGGAUAGAAUCUGUACUUUAAAAACUUUGUAGAUUUUAUGCUGCUGGUGGCAAUAAUAACAGUGGGAUUUGAAAUCAAGGAACUUUAUUCUUUUGUUUUGUGAUAUUUAUUUUCAAAUGUACAUAUAGCACUGUAUAUUCAAUACUCUUCAAAAGUUAUUUCAACACAAGUUUUUCUUUUUUUCAUUUUCACACAAUUUUUUAAAGAAAUUUGUCUAUUUUAGAGUUUCUGUAUUGUUUGUAUUUUAUUUCAUUUUGCUAUAGUAGUUUGUUAAACAUUUACAACUAGUAAUUUUGGUUAUUUUAAUGCACUUUUGUCUUAUUGGUAUUUAUUGCUAAUAGAUCUAACUAAUCUUUGGAAACAAAUGGUUAACAAGUGAAAUCAAGAAGCAAAUGUAGCUUGCAAAUUUAAUUAAUCAAUUAACUUAAUGUUGUUUGCAUCAUAUAAACUGACAAAAAUUAUGGAGUUAGAAACAGUUGUCAUCAGCUGUAUAUAACCAGUCUGUUCCUGAUUCCAAUUUGUAGUCACUUCAUUCCUUAUAUGAUUAAUAUAUUAGGGAAAGGGAUGCACUUUUGCUUAUCCUAAAUCUCUUUGCUUAUGCAUAUGUGUUAAAAAAAGUUUUACAAAAUAUAAUUCCAUAACAUAUAUUUAAUAAUUUCUUGGGAAUUUUUUGUAGUCUGAGAAAUCAUGGAAUUUAAUAAUUACAAAUAUUAAGAAAUAUGGUACAGAUAUUUUUGAGAAUGACAAUUAUGUUUUUAGUUUCAUUCCAUUUUCUCUACAAAUCUGAUGCCUUAUGUUUUUAUAGAAAAUCAUCUGGAGAAUUGGUUUGACAAUUUUGGCCAGUCAUGUCUUUGUGAAUGGUAACUGUGGCAGCGUUCUUUGCAAAUUGCUUUUUCAAAAUAUGGUUUUAAAGUGUAUACAGGUACAUUUAAAGAUUUAUUGUCAAUGCUAGUCAAUAUAUAAAGUAUGAUGAUUUGCCAGCUCCAGUCAUUCCUCAAUUUUGACUACUUUGGCAUAUUUAACACUCAUAACAUCACUUCUAUCUUAUCUUAGAAGAAAAGUUUUUGUCUUUAUUGUAUCAUAACAUUAUGAUGUAAUAUUUUAUAGUCUAUAAAAUAGGUUCACUAAGGUGAGUUGAAAGAGUACUUUACAAAUUUGUAGUGUUGUGUACAAAUCUUACAAUAGAUCUAGCUUGGAGAGAGAUGGACCUUUUCAUACUUGAUUUUAGGCUUUUAACAUGAAGUUUUCAGUAGUGUAUUAAUGACUCAAAUGAUUAUGGUUAUGGGAUGUAUGUAUUCAAGUUCACUUAUUCUUGCCAAACGUAACACAGUAAAAACAAAACAUUAUUUUGAAUUUGGAUAGUUUUUCUUUGUAUGGUUUGUUACCUUAAAAUUAAACUCUAUGCAACCAACAUGUUCAAGCACUGCAUGAGUCUGGAGAAAUUUGGGGAACUUAUUCCAGAUCUUUAUGCAGGCUUCAUAUUUAGUGUCACAAUUAUCCGUCAGGGAUCAUCUUGUUUUAAAUUUUAAUAUAUUAUCACCAGACUCUGUUCUAAUCCUCUCUCUGUUUUGGCUGCAAUAUUUAUCAAGCCAGGAACUUCUCCAAAUAGUUAUCCAAAAUUAGUUUUGAUAAUAUAAUUUAGAACAAUAAUCACUUUGAAAUACAACCCAGAAUCUUUCAUAGCUGUAGAGUUGUUAUUUUUUAAAAAAUUACUUUCCUGAUGUCAUUUUACUUUAGGAUCUACUUCACUGGUGUAGAAAACACUUCAACUUUAUAUCAUUCAUAAGAUCAGUGUUAUUAUCCUAGAAUGCAUUCAUAUACAAAAUUUUGAAACUAAGAAAAAUGUCGCUAUUUGAUUAGGGACCAAUGCAGUGCAAAUGGUAGGGAAACAUUAGUUGUACUGCUUGUGUGUGUGUUGCAUAUAUCUAAUUGCGAGUUUCAUUCUUUAUUUUGUUGUAUCUGCAAUGAUAUGAAAUCCAAAAUUCAGCAUGCCGUAUUUACUGAUGAGUAAAUACAAACAUGUACACACUGUUAUAUGAAUGCAGACUUAGACUUAUACAUUAUACCCCUAAAAUUUGAUAACAUUGAAGAACAUUUCUUGCAGAUACAGUUUUGUGUCAUUAUAGUGAAAUUUAUAGGGGAAACAAAAAAAGGAGACGAGAUCUAAUUUAUGUCCUAUUUAUGUUGUACAGUCUUGCUAAUUAGGUUUGUUGCCCACUUAAUUUCUAACCAGUGUUCUUUGGGCAUUUAAAAAUUUUUCUCAUAAAUUUCUUUCUCUUAAAAUGUUUGCACCAUUUGUAUUGGAAUUCAUGUGGAGUAUUUUUGUUUCAAAAUUUAGUAGCAAAAUGUGUAACUCUCAAUUAAAAAAAAAACAAAAAAAAAACAGCAAAAAAAGCAAAAACAAAUUAAAACAAAAUCAGUUAAAAAUAUCUUAUUUAUACUUUAAGAAUAAUAUAUGGAUUUUAAUUGUAUGUAUUGCAGAGGAUUAGUGAGGUUAUAUCAUUUUAAUUUAUUUUUAUUGUCAAAUUGAUAAAACAGAUGUUUUUAUUAAUUAUAGUUGUAUGUAAAAUUAUUAAAUAGGAAAACUUAAAAAAAAAAAAAAUAAUUAUGUUUAACAAUAUAUUGGAAUUCAACAAUGAAACAAAAGCCAAGAUAAAAGCAACAAUGACACACACAACAUAUACAUGAUAAUUCAAUUUCUUUUUGAUAAUUUUUAUUUAUUGAAAUAUCAAUUUUAUCUGUUUUUUUUCCCUGCAAUUUUCAAUAAUGAAAGCAUCUCAGUGUUAUUAAAAUUUGAAAUUGGAGUUUGUAUUUGAAUUGAAACUCCUAUCUUUCAUUUAUUGUAAGUUUGUUCAAAGAAUGAUAUUUCAACAGAAACAGAAUAACACUGUUACUAAGAAUCAGUGGCAGUAAUUAAAAAAAUAAAAUGAGAAUGGAGAAAAAAGAAGGAAGAAAAAUAAACCUCAACAAAAAAACAAAACAACAGUACUUUAUAUUUUAGAUGACUGUUACAGGGUUGGCUCCUGGUGAGUCAAGAUUACCACCCUGUCUUGAUACUUGAUAAUAAAAGCCAUUUUAAAUUUACUGUUGCUUUUGGACAAGGCAUGUGCAUCAGGAUAUCCCUAAUAUCUCUUUUGUAUACAUUUCUUCUUCUUUUUUCCCCAUUCUACCUUGUGUAAUCAAGCAAUUAAAUUGUGAAUUAUUUAUUCUUGUUUUGCACCCAACUUUUGUCCAAUGUGGCAGGUAUGAAGAGAAUUUGGUAAAUCCCGGUACAUAUCAUAAAUAGCAUGAAAUUAUAUUUUUUAUUUUUUUUUUGCAUGUCUUUAUAUUACCAUUAUCCCUUUCCCCUCCCAAAUUUCCUCACCAUUUCUGAUAUAUAAAUCUGUCAAGUACAUUACUGAAAAUAACCACCUGAAAAACUAAAAAAAAAAAAAAACUGACAACAGUGACAGAAUUGGGUAAAACAUAGGACAAAAAGUCCUGCAGUAUUUAAGUAGAUCUCUUUGCAUCUGAAACUCAAACCCUGUCAAGUUUGAUUUUGCUUUCCAUUUUUCUGGCAUUGAUACAAGUACCAGUUGGGUACUGGAGUUGAUUUGACUGUACCCUCUCUCCAAAUGUGUGGCCUUGUGCCUAUGAUAGUAAUAAAAAUUAUUAUUAAAAAAGGGCAGUAGACUAGCAGAAACAGUAGUACUAGACUAUGUAAAUACCUCACAGUUUUUAGUUAUAUUGUAUGUUCUGUGUUCAGUUACUGCCAGUUUGUACCAGUCAUAUUCAUGAUUUGAUUCAGUCAGCUACAAACCUUUCUUGUGCCAACACCAGAGAUUCAUAUUAUUAGAAAAGUGCUAGAACUGGUAGAUCAUCAGCUAAAUAUCUUUGCAUGUCUAGUUCCAUCCCUGUUUUGAGUUCAGAUCCUUCUGAUGUUGACUUUGUAUAUCACCCUUUCACAGUCAAUAAAUAAAGUGCUAUCUGGCAUGCAGAAGAGUUGAUUCAUUUGACAAUACUCCUCCAGUGAAACUGUGGUCUUGUGCCAAUCUGUGGAAUUCAUAUAUCAUUAUUAUUACUCAAUAUUUAGUAGUGACUUGAUAGAAUUAAGAUGACGACAAUACAAUACACAGAGAACAUAACGUAAAAUGAUUUCUAACUCAAGACAUCUAUUUUGCAUUUGUUACUAUAAUUUGGUUUUUUAAUGUACUAGGAUGUAUUUGAUUGAAUAUACUCUGAUCUUUCCAUUAUUUCUUGAUUUUCCUUUCUAUCUUUCAUUAUCUCUCAUCAUAAUUUUCAAUAUUCAUGACUACUAUAUACAUGUAUAAAAUUUUUCCAGUAUACAUGUAUAAAAUUUUAUCUUUGGAUUUUGUGUACACAACUGUUUGUGUUCUGUUUGAGAGAUACUUUUGUGUCCGAAUAAUUUUAUGUUGAACGUAAAUAUAGAAAUUCCAACAUGGCACAUUUUAAAGUUCUCUCCCUACCAUCCCUGCUAUUCUCACUCUUGUACUCAAAUGAUUUUUAUUUCUUACAAUUCUACAGGCCUUUAUAACAGUAAUAAUUAAAAACAAGCUGCAAUACCCCAGUAGACAAAAAACAAACAAAAAACCCCCCAAAAAAUAACAUGCCCACCCCCAUAAAAGAAAAUAUAAAUUACACUUUUUAAAAAAAAAUUAUUCAGAACUAUGUGAUUUGGUGCUUAUUUUAACUCUGACCAUAACCUAUGUUCAAAACAAAUGUAUAAAAGCAAAAUUCUAUGUGGACAUAAAUAAAAGCCCAACAAAACUAAAAUUUAUUUUCUCUAUUAACAAAUAGUAGAUUAUGUUUCUAGCUGUUUCUUUCUUUUUAUUUUUCAAGUUACAACUUUUUGUAUAUUUUUCUUUUAACGCUUUCCUUUCUUAUUUGGCUUUUUUUUCUUUUAAUGCUUUUUCUAUUAUAAUUUAUUAUUGUAAUUGGCACUGAGGUUUAAGUUGUAAGAUGUUUGACUUUGGUGCUUUGUUAGCUUCUCUAAUCAACCAAGUACCAUUUCACAUCAUUGGGUGGUGGACUCAGAAAUAUGACUUUCUCUACUUAGACAAAUGAGUGAUGUUUUGUCAGAGAGACUAUUUUUGGCAGGUGCCAGAGUAUUGUUACAAGAUCUUCAGGUCUUCAUUCCAUACCUUGGUUUUGAUUUCCAUUUGUAUGUAAUCUAAUUUGUUAAUGACCUUGGGAAAGGCAUGAACAUCACAUUUUAUCAUUUUCUAUUCAUUAUUGCCCAUGCCUAAUUUGGAAAAAAAAAAAA